GCGCUGCCGGCCGCGAGCUGCCCGGGGAGCGUUGGGGCGGCCGUUACCCGCUGGCUGAGGGACCGCUGAGGGGAGCCGGCGGGCGGCUGAGGGGGGCUCAUGGCCGCGUCGGACCGGAUGGUGCUGGGGCCGCUCGUGGGCGCCAUCGAUCAGGGUACCAGCUCCACUCGCUUCCUGGUUUUUAAUGCGAAAACAGCAGAGCUCUUAAGUCACCAUCAAGUUGAAAUACAGCAGAAAUUCCCUAAAGAAGGAUGGGUGGAACAAGAGCCGAAGGAAAUAUUAAAGUCUGUCCAUGAAUGUGUGGAAAAGACCUGUGAGAAGUUGCAACAACUGAACAUAGACAUCACUAACAUAAAAGCCAUUGGAGUCAGCAAUCAGAGAGAAACAACAGUGGUUUGGGACAAGACGACUGGAGAACCGCUUUAUAAUGCUAUUGUGUGGCUUGACCUGAGAACCCAGUCGACAGUUGAACGGCUUCUUAAAAGAAUUCCAGGAAAAAACAAAGCCUUUUUUAAGUUUAAGACUGGUCUUCCGCUUAGCACUUAUUUUAGUGCAGUGAAACUUCGAUGGCUUUUGGAUAAUGUGGAAGAGAUCAGGAAAGCAGUUGCUGAUGGAAGAGCUAUGUUUGGGACUAUUGAUUCAUGGCUUAUAUGGAGUUUGACAGGUGGAAAGAAUGGAGGCGUUCACUGUACAGAUGUAACCAAUGCCAGUAGAACAAUGUUGUUUAACAUUCAUUCCUUGGAAUGGGAUCCUGAGCUCUGCCAGUUCUUUGAUAUUCCUGUAGAAAUACUCCCAAAAGUACGAAGCUCCUCUGAGAUUUAUGGCCUGAUGAAAUCUGGAGCUUUGACAGGUGUACCAAUUUCCGGGUGCUUGGGUGACCAGUCUGCAGCUCUUGUUGGGCAAAUGUGUUUUCAAGAUGGGCAGGCAAAAAAUACGUAUGGAACAGGAUGUUUCCUGCUGUGCAAUACCGGUCAGAAGUCUGUAUUCUCAGAGCAUGGUCUUCUAACCACAAUAGCUUACAAACUGGGUAGAGACAAACCUGUUUGUUAUGCACUAGAGGGAUCUGUUGCAAUAGCUGGUGCUGUUGUUCGUUGGCUGAGGGACAAUCUAGGUAUCGUUAAGACUUCACAGGAAGUUGAAAAACUGGCUGCUGAAGCGGGGACUUCUUAUGGCUGCUACUUUGUGCCAGCAUUUUCAGGACUGUAUGCACCAUACUGGGAACCCAGUGCAAGGGGUAUUAUCUGUGGCCUUACUCAGUUUACAAAUAAAAACCACAUCGCCUUUGCUGCACUAGAAGCGGUCUGCUUUCAAACACGAGAGAUUUUAGAUGCCAUAAACAAGGACUGUGGGAUACCACUGAGUCAGUUACAAGUAGACGGAGGAAUGACCGCUAACAAAGUCCUCAUGCAACUCCAAUCAGACAUUCUCUGUAUUCCAGUAGUGAAGCCAUCAAUGCCUGAAACAACAGCUCUAGGAGCUGCUAUGGCAGCAGGAGCUGCAGAAGGAGUUGGAAUUUGGAGUCUGAAUCCUGGAGACUUGACAGCAGUGACAUGUGAAAGAUUUGAACCACAGAUCAACCCAGAGGAAAGUGAAUUUCGCUAUGCUAGAUGGAAGAAAGCUGUGGUGAAAUCUAUGGGCUGGGAGACAUCUGAAGCUCCUUCAAAUGGUGACACUAGUAUCUUCUCUAGUCUGCCUUUGGGUUUUUUUAUUAUCAGUAGCAUGAUAAUGUUAAUCGGAGCAAAGUACGUCUCAGUCAUCAGUAUAGUAGGUUUGAGGAUUGAAUCUACUGAGGAUUGAAUUCAUCCUUCAUGUGCUGAAACAGCAGUGCUGAUAAAUGAAACUACUUAGUGAACUCUCUGGAUGCAGCUGAUUUUUUUGUUUCAUUUUGGUUUGUUGUCUGAAGAGGUUCCACCACCAAUGUGAUUAGACUACUUGUGUGACUAAAUCCAUUCUUGAAGCUGUC